UGGUCCUCAAUUCCACCCAGAAGGGAUGGAGGAGAGUCGGAGAGUCGUGUCGGGUUCGGGCGCCGACCCGGUGCGCAACUUCGAGCGUUGGAAGAAGAGGUACGCCAAACGCAAAGACAAGCAGCGGCAACAGCGCAAACAAAAGAAACCGGAGUGGGAAGUGGAGAGGGAGUCAAUCGCCGCUUUGGAAAGGCGCUACACAGAGAUAAAUACAAAUGACAUUACAAGAUUUUCUGAUUUCCCACUAUCCAGGAAAACUCUGAAAGGCUUACAGGAAGCUCAGUAUCGCAUGGUGACUGAAAUCCAGAAGCAGACCAUAGGUUUGGCAUUGCAGGGUAAAGAUGUGUUGGGAGCUGCCAAGACAGGAUCCGGCAAAACCUUGGCUUUCAUUGUACCUGCUCUAGAAAUCUUAUACCGCCAGCAGUGGACUGCCAUGGAUGAACUGGGCGUUUUGAUAAUAUCUCCUACCAGAGAAUUGGCUUACCAGACGUUUGAAGUCCUGCGUAAAGUGGGGAAGAAUCAUGAAUUUUCUGCAGGUCUAAUCAUUGGUGGAAAGGACUUGAAACAAGAAUCAACCAAAAUCCAUAAUAUGAAUAUCCUCAUUUGUACUCCUGGUCGUCUUUUACAACACAUGGAUGAAACCUCGUAUUUCCAUGCCUCCAAUCUUCAAAUGCUGAUCCUUGAUGAAGCUGAUAGAAUUCUGGAUAUGGGCUUCGCUGAUACCAUGAAUGCAAUUAUAGAGAACCUUCCCAAAAAACGGCAGACCCUGCUUUUCUCAGCCACGCAGACCAAAUCUGUGAAGGACCUUGCUCGGUUGAGCUUGAAGGAUCCAGAAUACAUCUGGGUGCAUGAAAAAGCAAAGUUCAGUACUCCAGCAACUUUGGAACAGAACUACAUUGUUUGUGAACUGCACCAGAAAGUCAAUAUGUUGUACUCUUUUCUGAAAACUCACCUGAAUAAGAAGAGUAUUGUAUUUUUUGCAAGCUGUAAAGAGGUUCAGUACUUGUUUAGAGUAUUUUGUCGCCUUCGUCCGGGUCUCCCUAUACUAGCUCUUCAUGGCAAACAACAACAGAUGAAAAGAAUGGAAGUAUAUCAAGAUUUUUUGCGCAAGAAAUCGGCAGUUCUUUUUGCUACGGAUCUUGCAGCUCGUGGGCUAGACUUCCCUGCUGUGAACUGGGUCAUUCAGGUUGACUGCCCAGAAGAUGCAAAUACAUAUAUUCACAGAGUUGGGAGAACAGCCAGAUACAAAGAAGGUGGUGAAGCUCUCCUCGUUUUGCUUCCUUCAGAAGAAAAUGGCAUGAUUCAGCAGCUGUCACAGAAAAAAGUUCCUGUCAGCAAUAUCAAAAUCAAUCCUGAGAAACUUUUAGAUGUCCAGAAGAAACUGCAGUCCUUACUGGCUCAAGAUCAAGAUUUGAAAGAACGUGCACAACGGUGUUUUGUUUCUUACCUGCGAUCUGUCUAUCUCAUGAAGAACAAAGAAGUCUUUGAUGUGUUAAAGUUAUCCAUUGCUGAAUAUGCCCUCUCUCUUGGACUUGCAGUGGCCCCUCGUGUCCGAUUUCUCCAGAAAGUCCAGAAGAAAAUGCAUACAAUGGAGCCUGAGAAAGAGGGGACUGAGCAGGCUGAGGACACACAGUUUUCUUUAAGUGAUGAGGACUUGGAGAAAUGCAGGAGAAUUUUCUCUAGAACAGGCAUGUUGGGACAAAAAGAGACAGAAGGCUUCUCUGGGAAAAGCAGUCCUGAUGAAGAAGCAUUGCAGAGUCCGUCUGAGCUAGAAGAAUUUGCAAAAGUCCAUGAAUCAAAACCCGAAAGCCUAAAUUUUUUCGGAGAUGAUGAUGAUGAUGAUGACGACAAUGACAACGACGCCUCUAAGGAUGUGUUGAUUGUAAAACGGCGAAAUGUAUUUGGCUUAGAAUCAGAAGAGAAAGCACCAUUGGUUACACAGAAUGUAAAAGUGAAGAAGAAAAUAACUAAGACAAAAGAAGCUAAAAAGGUUUUGAAGAGAAAUUUUAAAGUAAAUACAAAAAUUGUAUUUACUGAAGAUGGAGAGGUUACACAGAAUGUAAAAGUGAAGAAGAAAAUAACUAAGACAAAAGAAGCUAAAAAGGUUUUGAAGAGAAAUUUUAAAGUAAAUACAAAAAUUGUAUUUACUGAAGAUGGAGAGUUAAUUCAGCAGUGGCCACCAGCACAAAAAUCUACCCUGGAGAAAGAGGAAGAUGGUGAUGAUUGUAAUGGGAUCAAUCUAGACAAAGCAAAAGAAAGACUUCAGGAAGAGGAUAAAUUUGACAAAGAGGAAUAUAGGAAGAAAAUUAAAGAAAAACACAGGGAGAAAAGGCUUAAAGAAAAGGCAGCUAGAAGGGAAGCCAGGAAGAUGAAUGCAAAGAUUGAAGAGGACACUGUAGCUCUUCUGGAUCACAGUGACAGUGAUGAGGAAUUUGAUCCAAGUACACUUCCAGAUCCAGAUGGCCCCAAAGAUGAGGAACAAGAAAUUCUUCCCAAAAGCCACAGCAAACGUGGAAUGGAUAAGCGGCAGUUGGAUGGAAGCAAAUCAGAAGGGGAAACACCACAAAAGAGGAAGAAGAUGAAACCUAACCAAGAGGGCUCUUUUCUACCAUUAGAUACAGGUCUUUCUCUUGCAGAAGAUGAAGCAUUAGUAUUGCAGUUGCUCAACAAUUAAACCUCUUUUUCCCCUCUUGGAAAUGUUAUUCAGGUUAUUUUUGUCUUUAUUUCACAAAGACAACAGGACAGAUGAAUGCCCCAAAAUAUUCAUGUGUUAACAUCGGAAAGUACAGAUUCUCUAAUGGGUACCUCAUGAGUACUUUGGUUCAUAGGUGUACUCUCUUACGAAAGUUGUAAAUGUCUUUAUCUGUCAGAUCUUCCAAUAGUUAUUUUUUCUAAGAUGCCAGGAAUUUUUUUUAAAAUAUAUAUAUAAUAAUCCUUUGUACAAAAAGCUUUAACCCAGAAGGACAAAUCCUUCCCAUCUUGGGGUAAGUUUUAUAAGAUAAAAUAACCAAAAUUGAAUGGAUAUCCAUAAAAUAUUUUAAAUAUUAUUUAUGUCCAAAGUAAAAUGAGAAAGGGUUUGACUUCAGUUUUCUUAAAGCAUUUACUUGAUAUUAUCUACGUUGAUAUAAAUUAUCCUUGCUUUUGCUCUCUUUCAACUAACAAUAAAUCA